AUGAGGAAUGAUGCAGCCAGUGCUCUUCUUCACCUCCAGGAUGGCUGCCAGCACACCCCUGUGGACAUUGCACAACCAGCGUCUCCUGAAGGUCUAGCCGAUACUGAUGGCGCUGAAGCAUCCACCAGCUCCAUCGUCAAAGUAACUCAAGUCCAAAAAGACAGUGAAGUCCAGAGACUCUUAUCAGAGAACAUUGCAUUACGGGCAGAGCUGGAGUCUUUGCUGUUGACACAGGAUGGCUUUAAAGUGCAUGUUGAAGCAUCAUCCUGGACCAUUGAUCUGCCAUCUUCAAUGAAUGGACUCCCUGGAUCUUGCGUUGUGAUUCCCUGCUCAUUUAACUAUCCUGAUCCCCAGAAGGACAUCAGUGAAUUCACAGGGAUUUGGUUGAAAGCAGCAAAUCACCUCAUCUAUCACCCUAAUGGCUCAUUGACAAUGCAAGAAUAUCAUGGUAGGUCUGAGCUGGUGGGAGACAUCAGGCAGAAGAACUGCUCACUAAAGAUUGACCCUCUUCAACAAAGCGACCAAGGGCCUUUUUAUUUCAGGAUUGAAAUGAAAGACUUUGAAAAUUUCUCUUACAGUGACAAAACUGUCUCCAUAAAAAUGCUACGUGCAAGUCCUGUCAAUUUAACUGUAAUGGAAGACACACAUAAUCCACUCCUGAUUGCUUCCUGUUCUGUCACUCACUCAUGCCCCACUUCUCCUCCUGUCUUCCACUGGAGUCACUCUGGACAUCUACAAUAUCAGACACGACCACUGGGGAACGGGCAAUGGAAAGCUACAUCCACAUUGAUUUUAAAUCCUGCCAAUGCAAAUAAUAACAGUCGUUUGCAAUGCCACGCCACAUUCAAGGGAGGGCAGGUAGAGGUGGCAACCAAAAUCAUAAAUGUGAAAUAUGGUCCAGUGAAUAUAGAUGUUCAAUACAAAGCAAAUGUAAAGGAGGGAGAAGCUGUGUAUCUAAAGUGCAGCUGUGACGCCAACCCUGCCGCCAGCAGCUAUGAGUGGCAUAACGACCACGGCGCUCGGCUGCACGAGGGCAGGAUCUUUAUCCUGACGAAUGUCUCUAGACGCACGGGGCGCUUGUACUGCAUUGCCAUAAACGCCAUAGGAAAAGCAACAUCAUCACCUGUCCAGCUUGAUGUGACGUAUGCUCCUGAAAUUAAGAGUGUCUCAUCCUGCUCCUCUGAGGGGGACAUGGUUAAAUGUGUGUGCUUUGUCCAGUCCAGACCGCCCAGCAGCGUCAACUUCUUUUUGCCUGGCACAGUACUUCCAAGGCCUGAAAUAGAGCAACAUGAUUCCAUUACAAUCGCCACUUUGAAGGCUUCUCUUCCCUCCUCUGGGUUCAUCACUUGCAUGGUCAACAACAGUUUGGGCAACAGCAGUGCCCCCAUCCCUUUACCAGUUUACAACACAAUGCUGUAUCUUUAUAGUAUAAUUUCGGCUGGAGCUGUCAUGAUCCUGGCGAUUCUUUUAAUAGUGAUUGUAAGAAUAUGGUAA